AUGCCGGUAACGCUCCUCCUCGUCAUCCGCGCCUACACUCGGCGCUCCCUCACACCGCUGGGAAUUCUGUGCGCAACACUCACCGCAACAACUCACGCGCUUCAUCCGUCUGCCCUCCCAUUCACGUUACUUUGUGUAUUUUUCCUGCUCGGCACGACAGCCACAAAAGUGAAACAUGAUGUGAAGGCCACAUUGACGAUGUCGAGCAGUGGAUCUUCAGGCGGAGAGGGGCCUCGGACGAGUAUCCAGGUGCUCGCGAAUAGUGGGUGUGCGAGUUUGCUGUGUCUGCUGCAUGUCUGGCUAUACGGCACAGGUGUGAGCCAGGAGAGGGAAUGUUUUGGUGCAAGACGCGCGAACGACGGCAUGGUUCGUGACUUGUUGCUAAUGGGGAUAAUGGCCAACUAUGCGGCGGUGGCAGCGGACACCCUGUCCAGCGAAUUGGGCAUUCUCUCCAAAAGCCAACCAGUCUUCAUCACGAACCCGCUUCGAGUGGUGCCGCGAGGUACCAACGGCGGCGUGACCGUCGGUGGACUGCUGGCUGGUGUGGCCGGCAGCGCCGCCAUUGCCGCCACAAGCCUAGUAUUCCUGCCCUUCUGCGCUGCAUCACCCACCAAUGCUCUGGGUAUGUUUUUGCUGCUCACGGGGCUUGGUACGAUCGGCACGCUUCUGGACUCCCUCUUGGGGGCGACGCUGCAAGCGUCGGUCAUUGAUCGUCGAUCGGGAAAGAUCGUCGAAGGACCCGGUGGUGUCAAGGUCCUCACAAGGCCCAAGUCCACAGCCCCAGCACAAUUUCAAGGGCAUGGCCGCAGGUUCAGCGGUGAAGAGAGCAGCAGGGUGAUCAACUCCGGAAACGACAUUCUGGACAACAACCAAAUCAACCUCCUCAUGGCUUCUAUCAUGAGUAUGUCCGGAAUGGUGGCCGGAAGUCUUUUAUGGAGCUAA